AUGACAGCAGACAAGCCAGUCUCAACGGCGGCCCCGGACAGGGCACCCAAGCCAGCUACCCCGGCCUCCAUCACGAGCUCGAGCUCAGGCUCCAGCUACCACUCGUACCACUCCCAACAAUGGCAGUGGACGAGCCACCCCUUCUGGCCCGUACAGUACGACUUUGCUGUGUCCCAGUACCACGCUGGGCCGGGGAGCAAGGACGCGAGCACAAAGCACGUCGCGUACAGCUACAACCGCACUGCGGCGCGACACGCCGGCGAGCGCGUGCGGAGUGCGUCAGUGUCGACCAUGGAGUCGACGACCUCCAACUCGAGCACCAUCGCCACCGCGUCCUCGUGCAGCGCGGGAAAGGUGGCCAAAGUCCACUUUCGCGAGUUUUACUGGAUGGACAAUGGCGUGCCGCAGGUCACAACCCGCGCCCAGCUGGUGGCUGCCUUUGACGCCCUUGUGACCCAGUUCGAGACGGCAUUCUACCUCCUCGACAGGCUGUACGCUGCGCUGGACGCCGUCGACACGGCGGCAUCGCACGCCGUCGCCUCGUCGCUCGAGGUUCACCCGGCGCGCACGCGCGUAAUGGAUACGAUCCGGGACGUAGCAAAGGCCAUUCCAGGUACACAGCUCGUUGCUGCACCUCGCCAUGCUAGCGGACAUGGAACGUGUCGGUCUCCUCCCUUGCUUUACGGCUUGGAAAACGGCAGUCGUGUCGGCAGAGUACAUUGCCAAGCCCAAAACGCCGUUGCCACCGACCACGCCCUCGAUACCCAUACCCACUGCCACGCUGACGCUCACGUCACCGUCCAUGUCCACGCUGUCGUCGACCUCGUCGUGUUGCAGCUCGGCGGCAUCCACACCCCCGAUGUGCCGGGAUCGCUCAGCGUCACCCGGUUCGCCGGCCAUGCCGCGCACACCGCCGACACCGCGGUCGCAGCCGCCAACUCACGAGGCCUCGAGUGCCAGCAGCAUAAGGACAAAGCCGAGGACGCCGCAACCCCCUGUCCCAUUCGAGAUGGAAUUCCCGUUCUGGGCUCCCCAAAAGCCAAAGCAGCCAAAGCAGCCAAAGCAGCCCAAGCUGCCCAAGCUGCCCAAGCUGCCCAAGCGCGACCCGGACACAUCGUCGCGCGCGGGCCUGGCGAGCUUUGCCAGCAUCACCAACCUCGCCGGCCGCGCGCGACUGUCCCGGUCGACACGGUCCGUCUCGGCUGA